AGGACAGGCAGGGAUGGGGCUCUGCUCCCCUGUAUCCACCACUGCCACCUCUUGCUCUGCUCAGCAAGAUCCAGGGCUCUUCCUGGAGCUCCAACCCUUCCUCUUUUCUCCCAGUAGGAUUUCUGCUCCCAAUGUUCUGAGCUUCCUGCUCCUGGCCAGGGAAGGGGAGGGACUCCUGGCCUUGGGGCCCUGCUAGCUGGGCUCUGCCUCGCGAGAGGAGGAGGAGGAGGAGGAGGAGGAGGAUGGGCUCCGUCCACUCAGCCCCAGCGCUUCUCAGGCUCCAUGUCCCACGGUGGGGCUCAUUGGGAAGGUCGGACACCAUCAUCCUCACUGGAGGUGAAUGAAGGCCCAGACUUUGGAGUGCCAAAGGAAGGGGGAUUUAGUUUCUGGAGCAAAUGAAGAGACGGUUCCUCUCUGCAAGCGCCAGUUUUGGGGAGGAUUUUCCAGCAUGGAGCAGCAAGGGGGUGAAAGGAAGGUGGAAGAACCGGAGGCUCCGGCAGCCGGGAAUUGCCCAGGGGCUGAAGCUGCAGAUGGAGGCUGCGCUUGGGGAGUGGUGUUCCACUUCUUCCUGGUCAAUGUACUCGUGAUGGGGAUGCUCAAGACCUUUGGGAUUUUCUUCAUGGCUUUCCAAGAGGAGAUGGGGGGCUCCUCUGAGCAGAUCAGCUGGAUCGGCUCCAUCAUGUCCUCGCUGCGCUUCUUAGGAGCCCCGUUCGUGGCCGUGGUCUGCAGGAAGCUGGGCGAGCGGCCAACCUCCAUCGCCGGGGCCGCCGUGGUGGCCGGGGGCUGCCUGCUCAGCACACAGGCCACCAGCGUCCCCUUCCUCUGCAUCUCCAUGGGACUCCUCCUGGGUAUGGGCUUCGCCUGCCUCUACCAGGCAGCCACGGUGAUGACGGCCAAGCGCUGCAGGACAAGGCUGGCCUUCGCCAGCGCCAUCGCCCGCUCUGGGAUGGGGCUGACGUUCCUCAUAGCACCAUUCACCCAGCUCCUCAUCGACUUCUAUGGCUGGCAAGGUACUCUCCUGGUUUUCGGAGGCAUCAUGUUAAACCUCGUGCCUUCCAGCAUGCUGCUGCGCCCCGUCAGCACCCAGCCACCUCGACGUCCCCCUGCUCGAAGUCAAGACCGUGGCGGGUCUUCAACAGCAAAGAAGGAUUCAGAAACCCUCGAUGGAUGCUUAGAUGGAAGCACUCACAAGGAAAUAGAGCUUCACAGCACACAGGACCUGCCCACCAUGGAGGGAGUCACCAUGCCCCACAGCAGAGAUGUCCCUGCUCCUGUAAAUACUUCGGAGAGGGUCAACAAACCCACCAUGAGCUCAGCAGGAACAGCCACCGAGGCCAAGAGAAGCUACAAACCCCAUCCAGGGACCCAAACAGGAGAUGCUCAGCCUCUCCUCGACUUCUCCCCACUGAAGGAUCCCAUCUUCUACAUUUUCACAUGGUCUUUUCUGUUCUGCCACCUGGCCUACUUCGUGCCCACCUUCCACUUGGUAGCAAGAGCCAGGACGCUGGGCAUAAGCAGCAUGGAUGCCUCUUACCUCGUUUCAGUGGCUGGCAUCACGGAGAUGGUCAGCCAGCUCCUCUCAGGCUGGGUGGCCGACAAGAACUGGACCAAGAAGUAUCACUACCACGCGGCUUACCUUGUCCUCAGCGGCAUCACUAACCUGCUCUGUCCUCUGGCCACCACCUUCCCGUUGCUCAUGACCUACGUGGUGGCCUUUGCUGUUUUCUGCGGUGGGUUCAUGGCUCUGGUCCUCCCUGUGCUGGUGGAUCUCGUGGGAGUGCAAAACCUCCACAGCUACUUGGGGUUUGCUGCCUUCUUCGCUGGGAUAGCAGCAGUUGGAGGACCUCCUCUAGCAGGGUGGCUCUAUGACUACACGCAGACGUACGUCUGCUCCUUCCUCUUUGCUGGAGCCUGUGCUCUCAUCUCUCCCAUUUCUUUCUUCUUUGAGCCUUCGGCCCAGAAAUGGAAGCUAAAAAAAGCCAACUCAAACACCAGCCCCAGGCUUGGCUGAGGUGAUUCUGUGGUGGACACUGUAAAGCACAGAAACAUGGAACCGUUUGGGUUGGGAGGGACCGGAAAGAUCAUCCAGGUCCAAGUCUCUGCCGUGGAUGGUCUUUGAUGGCACCCACUGUGGGAGAGCGACUGCCAGCACAGACCUCCUGGUCCAGGAAACACAAACAGCAGCAAAAGUAAGAAUUUUGGGAUGGCAGAUUCCUAGUUUGUAUAUCCAGGUACUCCUCCUGCACCUGCGAUUAAAGCCAUGCAACAAA